AUGGCUGAGACGCUGCUGUGGGAGGGGGAAAUUGUCAAGGAGGGCGGGGGCAUCAAGUCGUGGCGGCGACGAUUUUGCAAGCUCACAUCGCAGCACCUCUCCUAUCACUGCCACAAGCACGGCAAAGGACGCACCAACAAACGGGUGCCGCUGGCCCAGGUGCAGCGCGUGGUGCCGCCGCAGCAAUGUAUCACCGCCUGGAAUGGUGUUGAGGAUAUGCGGCGCUGCCUUGGCGUGGCCUUGGAGACGGGCCGCACCCAUUGCUUUGUGUUUGAGACGUCGGAGAUUUGCCUGAACUUCCAGGUCCAGCUGAAUCUGGCCCUCCUGCAUACCCUUCAACACAGCGACAACGCGCUCAUCGUGUCUUACGGCCUUGGGCAGCUGACCACCCUCCUGAAUGCCCAUCCCGAGCCCGUCGCAGCCGCCCUGCGGGAACCCGCCCGUCACAUUGCCCGCCUGCAAGCCUUGGUGGCCGCCAAGGGCAAGCACCCCGUCAUCAUCGAGUACGCCGAGCUUUUGCUUGGUGCAGCCAAUGCCCCAUUGGUGGGCCGCCGCGACAGCCGCUAUGGUCCCCGCAUCGGCCAAACGUCAGCGGAAGAAGGGCGCUUCCCAAGGCUCUACCCCUUGCCACCGUGCUGCGUGACCGUCCGUUGCUUCCUCAUUGCACAUUUUGCGCGCAACGUUGUCAUUGGCAGUUGA